GUUUUAUUGCAACUGUGAAAUGAAAUGAAGCAGGGAAUCCUUGUCGUUAUCGCACAAUCUUUCUACAAGGAGUACCAACUUCUUUAUUGUAAUUUUCCGAGAGAGAGAGAGAGAGAGAGAGAGGUAGAGAGAUCGUGUUCCCUCCUUUUUCCCUCUCCAAAACCAUAAUAGGAGAGAGAGAGAGAGAGAGAGAGAGAGAGAGAGAGAGAGAGAAUGCGGCGGGUGGGGCUCAGCUGAAACCACCACACGCGAUCUACAUGGUCGUCACGGCAUUCCACCGGCGGCGCCACCACAGCCACGGCCGCCUUAUCCCGGCAAUCUCCGCCGUCUCCGGCGCUCUUCUCCUCUUGUUCGCUGUUUUCUCUUUCCUCGCCCCUUCGCCAACUGACCACGAACACCUCCGACAGCAUCUCGUGUUGAACAAUGUUGUCGUCAACGCUGGAGUUUCUGCAUUUCGUGUGCCGACCAGUGGAGGAAGAUUGGAUCGUGAUAUCUGGAAAUCAAAACGAGCCAAAUUCUACUAUGGAUGCAGUAAUGCAAGCAAAACAUUUGAGGAAGCUCAAUCAAUCACGGCUCCCAAACGUUACUUGUUAAUUGUGACCAGUGGAGGUUUGAACCAACAAAGAACUGGGAUUACAGAUGCUGUAGUUGCUGCCCGCAUUUUGAAUGCUACUCUAGUCGUCCCAAAGUUGGAUCAAAAGUCAUUUUGGAAGGAUGCAAGUAACUUUUCUGAGAUCUUUGAUGUUGAGUGGUUCAUAUCACGUCUAGCGAAAGAUGUUAAAAUCAUAAAAGAGCUACCAAGAAGGGACGGAAAGAUUUGGACUCCGUAUACUAUGCGUGUUCCAAGGAAGUGUAGUGCUAAAUGCUAUCAGAGUCGUGUAUUACCUAAUCUGCUAAAGAAGCGUGCUGUUCAGCUCACCAAAUUUGAUUACAGACUUUCAAAUAAGUUGGACAAGGAUUUACAAAAGCUGAGAUGCAGAGUUAACUAUCAUGCAUUGAAGUUCACUGAUCCUAUAAUUGAAAUGGGUGAAAGAUUGGUACAUCGAAUGAGGAUGAGAAGCAAACACUAUAUCGCCCUUCACCUAAGGUUCGAACCUGAUAUGCUUGCAUUCUCAGGAUGCUAUUAUGGUGGUGGAGACAAGGAAAGGAUAGAAUUGGGUGCAAUAAGGAAGAGGUGGAAAACUCUACAUGGUAGCAACCCUGAUAGGGGAAGAAGACAAGGGAAAUGCCCACUUACUCCUGAAGAAGUGGGCCUCAUGCUGAGAGCAUUGGGAUAUGGCAAAGACGUUCAUAUAUAUGUGGCAUCUGGGGAAGUAUAUGGAGGAGAAGAGACAUUGGCCCCACUAAAAGUGCUCUUCCCAAAUUUUUACUCAAAAGACACCCUAGCCCGCAAGGAAGAACUAGAACCAUUUGCUGCAUUUUCUUCUCGGAUGGCUGCACUAGAUUUUCUCGUUUGUGAUGAAAGUGAUGUGUUUGUCACCAACAACAAUGGUAAUAUGGCAAAAAUUUUAGCAGGACGAAGGAGAUAUAAUGGACACAAGCCUACAAUUCGUCCAAAUGCUAAAAAACUGUAUAGGUUGUUCUUAAGCCGAGUUAACAUGACGUGGGAGGCAUUUGCAUCAGGUGUUCGUACUUACCAGAGAGGCUUCAUGGGAGAACCGAUGGAGUUGAGGCCAGGAAGGGGUGCGUUUCACGAGAACCCAGCUACUUGUGUUUGUGAAGAUACAAAGGCCAAAGAGAAAAUGGAAUUGGGUCCCCGAAAACUAGGUAAAGAUGCGGAAUCUGCAACCAGAAAGGAUGUUAGUGAAGUAGUUGAUGAUCAGAAUGAUAAUGACGAUGAGCCAGAAUGGUCUGAUCCUGAUGACUACGAUGACCAAAAUGCCCCUCUGGGGAAAGGUUUGUUUAAUGGAACGGGUUCAGACGAAGAUACUUUCUUAUCCGAGGAGCCUGAGUUGGAAGAUAUGCUGUCAGAUUAGGGGAGGAUGUAGCUUGGCUGUCGUCAAGCAGUUUUUUGUUGUACCCAAGUGAUUCAUUCUCCAAAUUCUUUGCCUCCUUGGGUUCCCUCUCAACGACUUACAAGUUCUUGCAAAAUCUUUUGGAUGUGGUGUGAAGCCAUCUUCCUUGGAACAAAGCAACGGUGAUACAGGGCCAUUUAUAUGUGAUAGUAAUAAUCAGAUGUCUACUUGUGUAUUUCAACUCCAGUGAGGAUUCAGAUGUCUACUUGUGCAUUUCAACUCCAACGAGGAUUUUGGUUCAUCUGUGGCAACUGGGGCUUUUGUUGUCGUGUUACUUAAUGACCCUUCAGAGUCUUUUGCAGAGCGUUUGGCGGAGGAGAUCGCUAUACCUAACCGAAAGAGGAAAUACAAAUGGGAAGAUGGGAGUACAAGGUUAGAAUGAAGUAGAUUGGGUUUUGGAGUUCAGAGCUAAAGGUUUUUCCCAGAGGUUAUUUAGAGAGCAGGAAUAUUGGUUGCUACAGUUGAGCCUAAUCUUUUUUUUUCUUUCUUUUUUCCUUUAGGGGGUUUUCUUUGUGGUUGGUUAGAUAUUCUGCUGAGGCCUUUUUCUGCAAAAACUAGAGGGGAAAGCAUUCAUGUACACUGAUUCUUGUCAAUUGUCAUAGAUUGUUAGUUUUUAUUUUUAUGAUGUAAAUAUGUAUCAUUUACAGAGAAAUACUAUCGUUAGGACAUUUAUUGACGUAGGAUAACUCAUUUACUAGCAAUUAUUGAGUUAAUCCUUUCUGAGAA